GAAGGUGCGGAGGGGGGAUCUUUUCUCCCCGGAUUGCAUUGAUAAAGGCACGGCAAAGCUCCCUGCUUGGGAAUUUCCCCUCUAUAAGUGGAUUAAGCUGGAGGGGAAGGUGUGUUUGGGGAGGGAGGAGAGGAAGCAGACCAGGAUUUAUUCUUUCUGUCAUCGAAAAAAAAAAAAGGAAGAAAGGAAGAAAGAAAGAAAGAGGGAAGCUGCUGGUUGUGACUUCUGAAACAGAAGGUCAGAAAGCCCGGGGUUCCCCUCAUAGCGCACACACCCUGUAAACUUUUAAGCAGCUCCAUGGAAACUUGUUAUUAGUGCUGCAGUCAUUAAAAGGCGCAGCCCACGGCAGAUUUAUUAGCUCAGUAAACCACAACACGUGCCAAGCUCUCUGGAAACAAAAGGGUCUGUCAGCUUUAGUCCUCCUGCUUCGUAUUUGAGAAGGCUUGGAGGAGAGUGGUGAGGAUGGAGCUGGUGGUGAGGACAAAGUUGGUGGCUUGUGUCGUGGGGAAGUGGCAUUGCCUCCGUUAACCGACGCUCUCCACCACGGUUAGCGAGUGUAAUUUGGUGGCAGCGAAGACAUUGGAGCGCUGCGAGCCCUGCUGAGCUCACGCUGUUCAUCGCGGCAGUGGGACGAACAGCCCCCAGUCUCUCAAAUGGAAAGCUUUCCCGGUGUGCCUGCCAUGAUAAAUCAGCUGCCGUGAGCCUGAAUAACAGCAUUCACUGAAGUUACAGUAGGAAACUUGUCUGGGCGGACACUGUGCCAUUGCUCUGCAGAGAGCAGCCGGUGCCGAUGGCUGGCGUUGCGCUGAAAUAUCGCAUUGAUCGCCGCUCCAAGGGUCAGCUGGCAGCACCGGCUUACUGCAGCGGAAAAACAUUCUGUGCUUCCCCAGCCCCACAGUGAGCAGCCGUGUGUGCCACCCCAGUGCUAGACAGAGCUGGGAAAAAAAAGGUGAUUCUAUAUUUGAAAACAGACCCACAGUGUGGAGCUGUAGGGUUCCCUCUAGAUCAGUCCUACAUGUCUUCUCUGCAGCCUGCAUGAUACAAUGCAGUUCCUGGCCUGGUUCAAUUUGCUGCUUCUCCUUCCUUGUUUUGGUACGACCAAAACCUGCUUCCCCGGCUGCCACUGUGAAGUGGAAACAUUUGGUCUCUUUGACAGCUUUAGCUUGACCAAGGUGGACUGCAGUGGAAUAGGCUCACAUAUUGUUCCUGUCCCAAUACCUCUGGAUACCUCCUACUUGGAUCUAUCAUCAAACAAACUGGAAACAAUAAAUGAAUCAAUGCUUACGGGCCCUGGAUACACCACACUGGUGAGUCUUGAUCUGAGCUACAACAAAAUUGCCAAGAUUUCCUCCACAACCUUCUCCAGGCUUCGGUACCUGGAGUCCUUAGAUCUGAGUCAUAACUCUUUGGAAGUCCUUCCAGAAGACUGUUUCUCCAGUUCUCCUCUAGGUGACAUAGAUUUGAGCAAUAACAAGCUCUUGGAUAUAGCUAUGGAUAUUUUUGCAUCAAAAGGUCAAGGAAAAUCCCUGAAUGUGGAUCUAUCCAAUAAUAUGCUCAGCACAAUUACAAGGCACCAUAAAAAGAGCAUCCCCAACAUCCAGAAUUUAAAUCUUUCUGGAAACAGGCUAACAUUUGUGCCAAACCUUCAAGGCAUUCCUCUCCGAUAUUUAAAUCUUGAUGGGAACCCUCUAGUUAAGAUUGAGAAAGGAGACUUCACAGGGCUGAAAGAUUUGAUUCAUUUAUCCCUCAGUGGCCUGCGUGGCUUUCAAAAGUUAUCUCCUCAUAGCUUCAAGGAACUCUCAGCCCUUCAAGUUCUGGAUUUAUCCAACAAUCCCAACUUGAGUUCACUGACUGCUGAAGUUAUCUUUGGUCUGAACUCCCUACAAGAGCUCAACCUCUCUGGGACAGGUGUGUCGUCCUUGCCAAAGACUGUGCUGAAAUAUCUGCCUUCCAUCAAAAGCAUCACCUUGGGGAAGAACAUACAGUGUCUUAAGACUAUCAAAGAAGGACAGUACCACCGACAAAUUGGGCUGACCAAAAAAGAAGUCCUCAGUUGCCAUGACAGCCAUGGGUCCAUAGCCGCAGCACCUUAUGUUUCGUGAUGAAAGCUGAGGAGAAGAAGGGGUGGGACAGGGAGGGUGGAGGGCCAUGGAAUUUGUACAGGUGUCAAACUGAGAUGGCUUGCAGUGUGCCUUUUGUAAAACUGUCAAUAAUUUAUAUAUUUGUAUAUGCCAAUAGUUAGUUGAUUGUGCAUUUUAUAAACUCUCAGAUCUUGGCCCACGUUAUCUCCAGGCUCCAAACUUUACCUGCUGCAUUUUGGUCCUGCACUCAUCAUGUUGGCCAAGAGCAGUGAUGCUGGACAAUGGGGGCCAAGCUGCUCUGCAGGUCCCAUAGUAGAACAAUCAGUCUAGGGCAAACCUUCAUGCCUCAGACAUGUUUGUAGGAGCAAAGCUACAGCUCUCCAAAGCACACACCAAAAUGUACCAGCUCUGUAGCUGCUUACUUACAAACCCAUGCAUCAUCCUUUUUUUAAUUAUUACUCCCCAAAAUGUGCCUUCUGGAUGUUGCCCUCAUUAGCAGCACCCUGUUUUUUGUCAUGCACUUUCAGUCUUGAAGAAACAUUUCCAGACAAAGCUGAACACAGGGUGCUCCUAAUGUGCUGGGUUUUACAGGUUAUUUGCAUAGGUGUGCAACAAAACCUAAGUCAAGGACUUUUCCCACAAGUUUCUCCCUGUUUUUCCAUCCUUAUCCUUUUCAUGUCUAAUUAAAUUAGUUUCAGCUUUGGCAACCUCUUGUCUUUUUAACCUCAGCAAGCCAUUGCUCAGAAAUUAUGUGCAGCAGAGGAAGGGAAGCAGAGGGGUCUGCCAACAGCCAUAUCUCAUCCAGGAACCAGCCUUCAAUGAAGGAGGUUGCAAAGGGAAGAGAUCAGCUAGCCUAUCUUAGAAAAAAA